GAAAGCCAUGUGCGGGACGACAGACAGCCACAAAAAGAAGCUUUAGGCACGACAACACUUGUCAUUGUCGUGAAUAAUUUGUCUUCUAAAAGACAACAUGUUGCUGCUGAGAACUUUCGCUCCCUGGCUGCUGUUGGCCUUCCUCGGGCAGCAGGUCUCUCUGUCCUCCGGUGCGCGCAACAAGACGCGUGGAGCGGACAAGACGGUGGUCCCAACCACUGGCAGAGCGCAGAGGAGCGGGAACAGGGGUGCGGCGACCGGGCGGGGGAAAUUCUCCCUCAAGGACGAGAUGCAGUGCACGUGGGGAGCGAGAGACAUGGGGGACGCGGUGAGACUGUCGGUCAAAUGUGAGGACCCGAAGGCGCGCGUCCAAGGCGGGAUCACCGAUAUGAAGUGUGAGUACACCGCUAAACCUCAGAGCUGCCGGGGCUACGGGUCCGACCCCAAGGGCUUCUGGAAACAAGUGGCCCGCGCGAUCAAAAGGCUGCAAGGCAAAGUAUGUAAGGAUGAACGCGCGCUGGUGAAGGCUGGCAUGUGUAAGCGCGCGCCCCGGGAAGCGCACUUCAAGCUGGACAUCACCAGCUCCGUGAUCUCCGCUCAGUCAGGAGACCCGGAGACACCCCCGCCGCUGACGACCCGCUCCACCUCCGCCGGGCCGACAGCCUGCACAAGGCGCGCGGACCACCGGAAAACGGCAGAAGAGUAUUGCAACAGCUCGUGGGCCAGUGUGUGCUCUUUCUUUUUCUCCAUGCUGCAGGGUGAAGACUGUUAGCUUCAGAUCCCACGAGGGGAAGUGGACUUGAUCAGACUGAAUGCAGGAUUUAUAUUAGGCAUGUGUCAACAAAUGUUUAAUUUUGAAUCAGUAAUAUUCUCUCAACUCCACGCUUUUCAGUUACCACAUACACCAAUAUUUCAGGUUUUACAUUAGUCCCGCAGGUGUGCUUAUUUAUCAGGUGUUUAUUUUUAUAUACAGUCAUGUUUAUGAAUCUGAAGUGAGGAUUUUAUUUCCAUUAAAUGCAGUAAUUUAUCACCAGUUGUGGGAAGUAGCUAAAUUCAGUUGCUCGGGUAGAACAUUUUUUGAGGUAUUUACAGGUGUACUUUACUCCAGUAUUUCAUAUGCUACUUUAAACAUCUACUCAUCUCCAUUUCAGAGGUAAAUAUUGUACAAUUUCCUCCACUACAAGUAUCUGUCAGCUGUAGUUGUUCAUAUAGAUGUAGUUUCUUUUCAGAUUAAAAUGUUCAUCCUAAUUUAUAUGUAAUGAGAUUAUAAAAUAUGAUGCGUUUUACAUAUUAAACUACCCAACUGUAUGUAAAGCAGACGAAAUUAGCUUUACACAUUAAAAUUCUCCUCACACAUCAAUGCAAUAGUAAUAAUAAUGCAGUAAUUUAAUACAGUAUAUAAUAUAACACUCCUGAAGUGACCAUUCCACAUAAUGAGUACUUCUAGUUUUGAUACUUGAAUAUUCUGUAUUUUUACUUCAGUAAAUUUUCUUUUUGACAUUUAUUUAAAAAUGUCAAGAAAUGUAUUACACACAUACACAAACAGAGAGACGGAACACAGUGGAGAUUUUUUAUAAUAUUGACUUGGACUAAAGUGAUUAACUUUGAACUGAAUCAACUAGUUUCUGCCACUGAGUGUGUUCUGUGCUCUGAAGCCAUACAGCCAGUGCCCAUGUCACCACUUUCCUAACAGGAUCUAACACAGAUACAAACACUGAAAGUAGCUGCCUGCAAUCAGGAGAUUGUUUACAACGUCAGAAAAAAAAUGAGUUUUGAAUUGGAUUUGACAUAAUGUCUGGUUUGUAGACAUGUAAAGUUAAGUCAAGUUUUCCCUGUAAUAGAAAAUUUUAUGUGUUGUUUUAUUCAAGUAAAGAACCUGAGUACUUCUUCCACCACUGUUUAUCACAUAGAACUGAAGAUUUACGAUUAUAGUAGAGUGGUACGUUCUUCUACCUCUGGUCAACUUUAUCAUUCAGCCACUAGUUUCACAAAAACACCACUGUAUUUAUGCACCACAAAUAAAUAUUUUCUAUUUAUACAAUGUGCUCUGUUGCCUUUAACAAUAUGAAUUGUAACUUUUAAUGGAAUGGGGAGAGGCAGUGGUUGUAUGAACACCCCUAUAAGAUAAAUGUACAUCUGGAUUGUAAAUGUGAAAAAAUAUUCUGAAAAUACCCAUUUUAUCACAUUUUUCUCUUAUUGAGUUCUAAAGAAAUAUAUUUUCUAAAAACAAAUUGUUUCCAACCAAUACAAACCAACUUGUUUU